AUGCCUCGUAAAUAUGACAGGAAAACCAAGGCCAAUUGUCGCAACAAGCCGCGAAAUGCUCGCCGUUCAACGAUGCGCAUCAACGAUGUGAGCCCGGAUUUGUUCGAUGAGGAAUUUGAUCCAGCUAUCGAUGACACGAUUUUAAUGCUAAGAGCCAGAGGUAUAGACCGUGAACGAGAACGUUUUACAGAAGCCUUGACUGAAAUAAGAGACCGAAUAUCAACGAUUGUCGACGAUUAUGACACAAUGCUUGAUGAUGCAAGUCUUGAUUAUAUAGACGCUCUUGAAGAGGACGGUUCUGUGAUGUCUGGUAGUAAGAUGAAGCACAAUCUUAUAAACGUUUUGUCAGACUACAGAUUCUUGUGUACAGAAAGAGAGGAGCUUUUACGAACACUACAUGAGAACUACGAUUCUCAGAAAACUUCAACGGUAGAGGUACCCCAUUAUUUGGAAGACAAUGAUGAAUAUGACUUUUACGGAUCUGAAAGCUGUUUGAGGAAUUACUCAAGCACAAUGCAAUGGCUUUCAGAGAAACUUAUGAGCAUGGAUUCAAGAUUUUAUUUUCUAAAAAGACAAGAAAUGACUUCAAAAAGAGACAAAAAGAAAUCGAAAAAAGACAAGCAGAAAGAAAAGGGUAAAGCUGUCGAGAAUACUGGCAAACUUGAACCAACUAACAGCAAAGAAAAACUGGAACUUUGGAAAUUUGCUGCUGAAGAAGUUGUUGAUCUUUUAAGAAAUGUUCGUCAUCAGGCUGGAGUAGGAGAUAGAGAUUUCUUAGCUGUUGAAUUGCAAAACUGAUAAACAUUAUGAACAAUCAAAACGAGGAAAUCGAAAA